AUUAGUCGGUCAAUAGGAUCAGUUACGAGCUCAACACCACAAUCACAUUUAGUGAAACUAAAGACUGCAUCCUACAUCACUUCAGGAUUGGAACAUAGUCCCUGUAGUUUUCAAAACCUUGGCCAUGAUAUCUUUAAUGAACCCUUCACAGUUAGGAUUCGGCGUCUUUGAUGUGAUUCAUGUCUCCUUUCUCUUUUCAUCACUAUUAUUACUAACUUUUACCUAUUACCCUCUGCAUUCUUUUUGCAGUUUUCCUGUGCAACUUGCUCUAGGAGAAAGACUUUAUUUUAUUUCCUUCAAUGUUUUCUUCAAUCUUGCUCUUAUCGUUUUUCCAAAAUUUUGUUCUGGACUGUUGUAUUACCGAUAUGUAUACUCCGUACUGGUUACUCUAAAGUAGUGGGCGGUUCAUGUUUUUAUUAUGGAUUUUGAUCUUUAUUCUUUUCUCUUUUUAUUUAUUUAUUUAUCUUUGUUUUAUUUUCUUCUGACACUUAGCAGUGUAGUAUAAAGCAUGGGAAGGAAAAUCUAGGACUG